AUGUCCACUGGGCAAAGAGCAGGCAGCUGCCACCUAUUCAACAGUCUGUGUGUGUGUAAGCGGAAGCUGUCGGAGGACGAGCCACAGCAAGUGUCAACUUUGUCUCAGAAGACAAUGAGAUCUUCAUCCUUCACUGACUUCCCCACCUUCCUACCUUCUGGACUAGGUCGGACCAGGACCGUCAAACCUUAUCAAAUCGAUGCACUAAAGAUUUUAUAUUUUUCUUACAGUGAAAAAAACAAUGUCUUUAUAACACCAACUCUUGUGAAAAGGAAUGUUGAUACAAAUAGUGAAGAACAAGGUCCUGUGAAACGUUCUGAACACGUUUUAAGACCUGCUACUUUGCAGGCGCCUCAAUCUCAAAACUGUAAAAGAGCCAGAAAAUCAUAUGAGCACAACACAUUGGAAUCCAGCAGGAUGACACAGGAAAAUAUAAAACAUAAAAUUUCUGAGGGGAGUACCUAUUCAUUAAGUGAGAAUAUACCCAGUGCCAGAAUUUCCAACCAGCUGACUACUGACCAACCCUUUUAAGGAGUAACAUUAGUAGCAUGUCAACCAAGUGAAGAUAGGAAUUGUUUUAAAAGUUACAAGUCUGACUUCAUUUUUGGAGAAAACAUGAUAAAAAGAGUUUUGGGUACUCAAUUAUUCAGUCAGUCUCAAGGUGAAAAGGAUUCUUAUGCCAAGGACAAAACAUUCAGAUCCACUCUGAAGCUUUCCACUAACUGUUCAAAUUCAAAAGCACUCUCUAAUAACACAUCUCUAAUCAAAUCAGCUACUGCUGUCUUUUCCCAACCAUCCCAAAAAUGCUUGCUGGAGGAAACUGAUAUCAACUGCAAGCUUUUUAUAUUCAACAAAGCAACACAAUCCUGGACUGAGGGCAGAGGAACUUUGAGACUGAAUGACACAGCAAGCAGUGACUGUGGAACAUUACAGUCAAGACUGAUUAUGUACAACCAAGGCAGUUUGAAACUGAUCCUCAAUAGCAAACUCUGGGCUCAGAUGAAGAUUGAGAGAGCAAAUCACAAAAAUUUACGAAUAACAGCUGCUGAUUUAGAGGAGUAUAGCAUCAAAGUAUUUUUAAUUCAGGCUAGUAUCAAAGAUACAGGGUACCUGUACACAGCAAUACAUCAUCGGCUGGUUGCACUUCAAAGCUUCAGUAAGCAGAAGGCCGUCACUCAAGCUGAGACACGGUCAGAAGCCAUCCUCCAACAAUUGGACUUUGACAGCUGUGAUGAGGAGGGGGACAAUUUCUUCCAAGUCACUCAAAAUGGAUCAGAUCCUUCUAGGAGGACCCACAGAUAGACUGUUGCCUGUUCAUGA